UGAGCCGUGCGACCGGGAAACAAGAACCGGUCAUGAGGAAGUUAGAGGUUAUUUGACACUUAUGGUGAAAUUUAAGACUGAUUAUAUUAUUUAAAAAAUUUAUCAAAGGCAUUAUGGUAAUAUCUCAGUUAAUUGAUGAGCCCUUGCUUAUACAUGCUGUUUUCAAAAGAGAUGCAGAUGAAGUUCGUGAACUGAUUUUACAAAGAGAAGAUGUGAACUAUCAAGAUACGGAACGUCGAAGUGUACUACAUGCUGCUGCCUUCUGUGGAGAAGCAGAUAUUGCUGAAAUUCUAAUUCAAAACGGAGCUCGAGUUAACACCAAAGAUAAUCGUUGGAUAACCCCACUACAUCGAGCGUGCUCCACAGGAAGUGAGGAUACUGUGGAAACAUUACUUCGACAUGAAGCUGAUGUUAAUGCAAGAGACAAAAGCUGGCAGACCCCUCUCCAUGUUGCAGCAGCCAACAAUGCCAUAGAAUGUGCAAAAUUUAUCAUUCCCCUUCAAAAUAAUUUAAAUAUUUCGGACCGAGCAGGACGCACAGGCUUACACCAUGCUUCUUAUAAUGGUCAUACAGAGAUGGUCGACCUUCUACUUAAGAAUGGAGCUACAUGUAACUCGUUUGACAAGAAAGACAGGCGAGCAAUUCACUGGGCUGCAUACAUGGGACAUACUGAUGUUAUUCAGUUACUGAAAGAUUCUGGGGCAGAGCUGAAUGUCAGGGAUAAACAGUGGUACACUCCUCUUCAUGCUGCAGCAGCAAAUGGUCGUUUAGGUGGUGUUCAGCUUCUUCUGGAACUUGGAGCAGAGAUUGAUGCUGUGAAUGCGUAUGGUAAUACUCCACUUCAUAUAGCUUGUCUUAACGGGCACGAUGAUGUUGCAGAAGAACUUGUAUCACACGGGGCUUCCGUUCAUGCUGUGAAUCACAUAGGACUGACUCCACUACAUUAUUCAGCUGCUUCUACACAUGGUGGUGGGUGUUUAGAAGUCCUUAUCAGAGAAGGUGCCAAUGUCAAUGCUCAAACUCGAGAUGGCCGGACUCCACUCCACAUGUCUGCCAUCCAUGGAAGGUUUACUCGUGCUCAAACACUGUUGGACCAUGGUGCUGUUGUAGACUCCAUGGACAAAGUUGGAUUCACACCUCUUCACAUUGCUUCACGUUAUGGCCACGAGCUCCUAGUCGUCCUUCUCCUCUCUGCCGGAGCUGAUGCUAACAAGCGUGGUGAUGGAGGCAUGACCCCUUUACAUCUUGCUGCAUUACGUGGCUUUUUGAACUGUUGCAGUAAACUCAUUGAUGCUGGGGUAGAUUUUGCAGCUAAAGAUGACAAUGGAAGAAACGUUGUACAUUUAGCAGCAUUUGGAGGGAGCUUUGAAUGCUUGGAUCUUUUUAUACAUCAUGGUGCAGAGUAUACUAUCUGUGAUAGAUUUAAUCGGCUUCCUAUUCACUAUGCAGCAAGUCAAACUCAUUACUCAUGUCUUGUGUUUCUGCUUGAGGCCAACACUGCAGUCAACCAACAAGAUGUGGAAAGAUGCACACCAUUACAUUAUGCUGCUUCUGCUGAUGCAGAAGGCCGCUGUGUUUCCUGCCUUCUAAGUCAGGGUGCAAAUGCUAGUCUCAGAGAUAGUCGAGGAUAUACUGCUGUCCACUAUGCUGCUGCUAGUGGUCAGUGUGCUGCCUUACAGACACUUCUUGAAACGGGUACACUUCCAAAAAAAGGCAGCAAGUCAGAUCCAGUCAACAUCACUCCUCUUCAUCUAGCAGCAUACAAUGGGCAUCCAACUUGCCUUAGUCUGCUGACAAAUCACUUCCUGGAACUGAUUGACGUGGUGGAUACCAGGGGUCGUACAGCAUUAGAUCUAGCUGCUUUCCAAGGGCACUUUGAUUGUGUGCGAGUACUAUUGUCUGCAGGAGCCAGUGUUCUAGUCCACGAUCAAAUCACAGGCCGCACUCCUGUUCAUGCAGCAGCAUCUCAAGGACAAAAAGAGUGCCUACGACUUCUUCUUGAACAUAACAAUGCCCAUGAAGUUGUUGAUGCUGUGGAUAGAUAUGCAAGAACUCCACUGAUGCAGGCUGCUCUACAUGGGCAUACAGAGUGUGUAAUGUUACUCCUUAGACAUGGGGCAUCAGUCUCUGCUGUAGACACAAACAGACGAACUGCAUUAUUUCGAGGGGCAGUUACUGGACAUGAAGAAUGUGUAAAUGCAUUAAUUCAGCAUGGUGCUUUUGGUGGGCACAGAGAUAUUCUUGGGAAAACACCUUUUCAUCUUGCGGCUGCAUGUGGUAAUGUGGGAGUUCUUGGAGCUCUCCUGCAAUCUCACCCGACUAAUGGGCUGUUGGACAAAAUGAGCUUCACCCCUCUUCACUGGGCAUGUUACGGGGGCCAUGAAAGCUGUGUAGAACUUCUUCUUCAGCAUGGCAAGAGCUCUAGGUUGUUUGGGAAUACAUUUUCUCCGCUUCACUGUGCAGUUAGCAACCCGUUUCAAGGGAGUGAAACUUGUACAGAACUUUUGUUAAGCCAUUUUGGAAAAGAAAUUGUACAUCUUCGCGACAAGAAAGGCAGAACUCCGCUUCAUGCUGCAGCAUUUCACGAUAGUCUGCUCUGCUUACAGCUUUUGCUUCGAGAAGGGGCCAAAGUUGAUGCCUUUGAUGUAUAUAAUCAAACUUCACUAAUGCUAGCAGCGAUCAGUGGUCAUUGCAAGGCAAUUGAGGUUCUGCUCGAACACAAAGCUGAUGCAAAUUUCCAGGAUAAAUUGGGCAAUACAGCCCUCCACCAUGCUUGCCUUCAAAAUCAAGAAUCAGCAGCCCUUACCCUUUUAGAAAAAUGUGACAGUAUAGUUAAUAUGACAAAUAUUGAACUGAAAACGCCUUUACAUAUAGCAGCCAGAAAUGGCCUUAUAACAGUCACCCAAACUCUCUUGCUCAAAGGUGCCAAUGUUUUAGCAACAGACAAGAAUGGCCAUACCCCAGCCCUCUCCUGUGCAAGGGAUAAUGAUGUGGCUGAGUGCUUAGCUCUCAUCUUAGCUGUGAUGCCACUAAGUGCCACUCCUACGUCUUUCCAUUCCAUUCGCUUGGAUAGCUUCUCACCAAGGUGCCGAUUAAGUCGCUGUUUUGACCGACCCUUCGACGGACGUCCAGAAAGCCCCUCAAGCAGUCUAGAAAAUAAAGAGUACUCUGGUUCUUACCAGAGCUCCGAUUCUGAAUACUACUGAUACUGUUACAGGUCCAGCCAAAAUCUUCAUCAGAGAUUUGUAGAUGAUUUAUUGGAGUCUGAACUAUCACAUCUUUCUUUUUUUGGUUUCAGGGUCAUAUAGACAGAAUGUGAGAAACAGUAGGAUAUUAUAAGAAUCAGGACAUCUAUUAAAAACAAACGUACAUUGAAUGUUUCAUUUAUAUUCCUUGUCUAGUGCAGAUAAUGGUAUAUUGUUGUAAUUAUAUGUACAUGUAUAAUGUGUGUUAAACUGCUAAGAACAGUUUGUGCACACACACACACACACACAUAUAUAUAUCUGGUAAUGAUAACUGAUCAUAGAUGUUAUUGUGGACCAAAUAUAGUGUCAUAUGAAACUAGAGUUGUGUUUCCCAGUCAUCCUAACAUUUCUACCAGUUC